AAUAAAGACCGCCGUCGGCACAAAUUUUCUCAUAUUGUUUUUUUCACUUGUGUAAUGUUCGGAUGCGGUGUCAACUCAAUAACAAAAUGCUGAUCAACUAUAAAUCGAAUAGACUUUGAUAGCGAUAAACUCGGAUGUGGCACAAAGCAUUGCGCCUGACGUUGGCCCCGAGGUCGUAUGGUGUAUCAUAAGAGUCGUAUCGUCGCAUUUCGGUGAGGUCCCGCGCAAUCUGUAGGAAUGACCAAGUCCAACCAAUACUUUACUCCACGCAUGUUUAAAAUUGCAGCGCGCGUGUCAUAGUUUUCAACCCCAAUCCGUGAUUUUGCAGUCCACGACCCUUCAUAACCUUAAAAAGGCACGUGCAUUUGCUCCGUUUUGCGGCGUAGAAGAGUUUCCUCGUAUAUCAGACACUGACGGAGAGCCCAACCACCGCUGUUGCGCCUGCCACGAGAGUUGACAGGGACCGACGAAGAUGGCAACAGCAGCCGACCAGCUAAUGGCACCUGCCUCCCUCGCCACGAUAGCGCCAGUCAGCAACGGGCAACAGUCUCUGCUGGCAACGACAGCAGCAGUAGCGAUGGCUGCCAGGAAUGGACAGGAGCAGCAGGAGCUCGUCGAGAACCAAAAAUCCACAUCCCCGAAGCCAAGCCCCAUGCCGAACCUGAAGCUGAACAAGAUGGGCUCGGUGUCGAGCAAGGAGAAGCGUGUCUACAAAAUCGUUUUAACUGGCGGUCCCUGUGGCGGCAAGACAACGGGCCAGUCCCGUCUGUGCACGUUCUUUGAGAACCUGGGAUGGAAGGUGUUCCGCGUGCCUGAAACGGCCACUGUGUUACUCAGUGGUGGCGUCAAGUUCUCUGAUCUGACCGAGAAAGAGGACCCGCCCACGCCAACCACGUUCGUUUACAAAGAUCUGCCAUUUGCCGCGCCGGAGCACAGUCUCAUCGACCUAACCGCAUCCUGUCCGCGUUGCUUGGCCAAGGCUGCCUCCAAGCCCAAUGGCAGCGAAGCGUACAAAUUUCAGGAGAAUCUGAUACGCACCAUGGUGCAAAUUGAGAACACCUACUUCGAGCUUGGCAACUCGAGCACCCGCAACUGCCUGAUUAUAUGCGAUCGCGGUGUCAUGGACGCCAGUGCAUAUAUAUCGAAGGACAAGUGGGAGAAGAUGAUGGCGGGCAACAAGUGGAACCCCGUCGAGAUGCGCGACAAUCGCUACAACCAAAUUUUGCACUUGGUGUCGGCGGCCAACGGGGCCGAGGACUUCUACUCUACGGAGAAAAGAAAGCGCCAUUACCAGGACCACGCCUGCCGUUCGGAGGGCGUUGAUCUGGCGCGAGAACUGGAUUACAAGUCAGCGGCUGCUUGGGUGGGACAUCCCUACUUCGACGUGAUCGACAACUCCACCAACUUUGAGGCCAAGAUGAAUCGCCUGAUCGAGUCCGUAUGCCAGAAGGUUGGCAUCGACAUCGGCGAUCGUCUGCAGGCCACAUCGCGCAAGCUGAAAUAUUUGGUGGCCAUGCUGCCGCCUGACAGCGAGUUUCCGCCCUUUCAAGACUUCGACGUGGUGCAUCAUUAUCUGCAGUCCGGCGGACCCAAGGUGCAGGCACGCCUGCGCAAGCGCGGACAGAAGAAUCACUGGAGCUACAUACACACGCAGCGGCGACCCAAUGUGCACGGCCAAGCUCGCAUCGAGGUGAAGACCCAGUUGACGCAUCGCGACUACAUGAACCUGCUGGCGCAGCGUGACGAUGCUCACUUCACAAUCUACAAGAAGCGACGCUGCUUCUUGAUCAACAACCAAUAUUUCCAGCUGGACAUUUACAAGGAGCCCGGCCAUCCGCGCUGCAAGGGUCUGGUGCUGCUGGAAACGUAUUCCUCGCUCACUGGUGACGCGCUGAAAAACUGCAUGCCCAAGUUCUUGAACAUCGUGAAGGAGGUAACCGGCGAUCCGGACUAUUCCAUGUUCAAUCUGUCACUGAAGGAGGACUGGAGCACCACCAAGAAGUUCUGCCGCACAGCGACGCACGGUAAGCAGCAUGAGCAACAACAACUGCAUCAAGAGAAGGAGAAUCAGAAUCAGAAGCAGUAUCAUCCCUACGACGAGACCAGCGACUAAGGAGCCAUCGCCAUCAACAUUAAGAUCAUGCUUAGCCAAAGAAUACAGAACCAAAUGCUUGAUAAACACUAAUGUACAUACCGUCGUGCCACUAGUCUUUGCUGCAUGCUCAUCUUACUCUUUCUGAUGAACACUUACUUUUCUGUUGAUUUCGAUUUCGGAUUGUGAUGACUGUGUUUCUUCUUUUGAUUUUGUAGCCAAGGGCGCCGCUAACGGAGUCUCCAACACGCCGUUGCUACUCAAUGGCCAGUAGACCUCAAAAUUGUCCUGUUCCUCCCUGAAUCUCUUUUGCACAUGCAUAUUACACGACAACCAACAACAAACAACAGCAAUGACCUGGCAACAAAAUGUACAAAGAGCUGACGUGUGAUUCACACGAAAGAGCAAGGUCCGAAAAAGAUUAGAGCAUUCACGCGGAUUCUCUCAAGAGAUGAAGCAUUCCAUCGCCUGGCAGGGUCAGCUGGUGAUGCUCUAUAAGCAAGCGAGUUCUCUGAUCUAUCACACACACACACACAAUGUUACUUAUUUGCGUACUUAGCCCGAGGAAGAGAAACUGCAAACCAGAGGCGUAGUAUGUGUCGUCGAGUCUAUAGUUUAUAGUUUUCAGUUUCACCGAAAUCGGUGGUCAAGUCAACCACGAUUGUACUUAAUUUUCUUGUCAAGUUUGCUCGUGCUAAUUUUGUAAGCCAUAACUAACUACAAACGCUGUAUGUAUGUAUGUAUAUCCGUGGAUCCGCGACAAAUUUUAACCUUUUUGUGUCUUUUGGAGAAUGUGAAACGAUAAUUUUAAUUGUAGUUUUAAGCAAAUAGGAAAUACGAUUACAAAUACAAAUACAAGACCACCCAAA